ACGGGUUGUUGCCGGUAAACACAUUUCAAAAUUCAAAACGCAUGGCCAAACGGUCACUUUUUUUUUUUUUUUUUUUUUUCAUUUUUGCUUUAGAUCAAAAUCAAUACCAACAACUUUCCUGUUCUCUCUUUGAUUAUUCUCUAAUUCCUAUCUUUUUUUUUUCUUCUCUUAACAUUACACUUCAAGAUCCAAUCUUUUUUAACUUAUUUCAAGACCCAAACAAAUAAUGUGUUUUUGACCCUACCCAUUUAACUUCUUCAAUUUCUAUCCAACUUCACUGUUUCGUUGCUCUUAAUAGAUUUGACAAUGGCAGAUCCAGAUCCUUAUUCUUCUUCUUCUACUUCUGAUAUUCCACAUAACGAUGUGUCUUGGAACUCAAAUCAAAUCUUGGAAUCAGUUGAUACCCAAAUGCUAAUUGACCCAGUUGCCAAUAAUGGGAUUGAUGCAGGACGUUCGGUGCUGGGUUUUUCUUUAACAUCACCUGAUCUUGUUAUUUGUGCUGGUUCGUGUGGAGAUUCACCUGAAUUCUUUAAUAGAACGACAAAGAACUACUCUUUUGAGCUCUCGUUGGAGAAUGGUAUCAACGGUACUAAUACCAGAGAUACCCAGAAGAUUCAGUCUGUAAAGUUUUCUCCAAUUUGUCAAACAUUCAACAAACAAUUGUCUCCUGAAUCUUCCUUAGAAGAGCUUGUUGCAGAACCUUCAAGAAUGAGAAAUGAUGAUAAUUUGCCAAAAGAUCCUUUAAUUGGUGUAAGCAUUAAUGUAGGAUCUACCAAUGAAGGUGUGGUCUUGAAUGGUGUGCAGUUUUUGGAGGACACUUGUUACACCGGCGGUGAUACUGUGAAGACUAAUGCUACAAUUGGAGAUUUAGAUAGAGAAGAAGAUGGUCUUUCUUUGUACCAAACGGCUCGUUUUGGUAACUUCUCGUAUUGCAUUCCUGCAAUGGAACCAGGGAAUUAUGUUGUUACCUUGCAUCUUGCUGAAAUUGUAUUCACUGAUGGGCCUCAUGGAAGGAGAGUGUUUGAUGUUUUUAUACAAGAGAAGAAGGUUGUUUCUUCCCUAGAUAUAUAUGCUCAAGUAGGUGCAAAUAAGCCUCUAGUUAUAUCUCAACUUAAGACUUGUGUCGAUGGAGAGGAGGGCUUAACCAUUAGGUUUCAAGGAGUUAUUGGAAGUCCCAUUGUAUGUGGCAUUUCUAUAACCGAAGAUUCUUCUGCUCAUGCUGGUGAAGCUCAAUUUUCAAAACAAAUGGGAAUGUCCCAAGUGGCAGAAUGCAACUUACUGAAACAAUAUAAUAGUGAGCAAGAGCCGGAUGGAGAUCAUCAGAAGCUAGAAAGACACGUUGAGUUUCAGGAAAAGGAACUGACGGAAAUGAGGAGGGCAUUGGAGGAGCUUAAGAGGGAAAACCAACUUAAGAAUAGGGAAUGCCAAGACGCUUGGAACUCUUUACAUGAACUCCAGAAUGAGCUUAUGCGCAAGUCUAUGCAUGUUGGGUCAUUGGCAUUUGCCAUUGAAGGACAAGUUAAAGAGAAGAGCAAGUGGUUCUCAUCUUUGAGGGACAUGACUAGAAAAUUGAAGAUUAUGAGGAUAGAGCACUUAAAGAUAUCAGAGGAGGCACUGGCAUAUAAGAAAUGCCUCAGAGAUAUGGAGGAAAUGAGGUCCACUAUUCAGUCUACAAUGAAGCAGCAAGUAGAUUUGCACGAGGACCUCAAGAUUAAAUUUAUUGAAGGGGAGAAGGAAAGAAAGGAACUCUACAACAGGGUUUUAGAGUUGAAAGGAAACAUAAAGGUGUUUUGCAGAUGUAGGCCCUUAAAUGCUGAGGAAGUAGCAUCAGGGGAUUCUAUGGCUAUUGAUUUUGAAUCUGCUAAAGACGGUGAGCUCACAGUAAUAUCAAAUGGACUUCCCAGAAAAACCUUCAAGUUUGAUGCUGUUUUUAGCCCUGAGGCAGACCAAGCUGAUGUUUUUGGAGACACUGCGCCAUUUGCAACUUCAGUUUUGGAUGGGUACAAUGUAUGCAUAUUUGCUUAUGGACAAACUGGAACUGGAAAAACCUUUACCAUGGAGGGCUCCGAAGAAGCUCGUGGAGUAAACUUUAGGACUCUUGAGGAGAUAUUUCGCAUAAUCAAGGAGCGCAAUAAGCUUUUUCGGUAUGAUAUCUUUGUGAGUGUUCUAGAAGUCUAUAAUGAGCAAAUACGAGAUUUGUUGGGCUCAGGCUCUCAGCCAGGAGUGGCCACAAAGAGGCUUGAAAUAAGGCAAGCGGGUGAAGGGCUGCAUCAUGUUCCAGGGUUGGUUGAAGCACAAGUAAACAACAUAAGUGAGGCCUGGGAAGUUCUACAAACUGGAAGUAACGCAAGGGCAAUUGGCUCAACCAAUGCCAAUGAGCACAGCAGCCGAUCCCAUUGCAUACACUGUGUGAUGGUGAAAGGAGAGAAUUUAUUGAAUGGAGAAUGUACAAAGAGCAAGUUAUGGUUGGUUGAUCUAGCAGGAAGUGAGCGAGUAGCGAAGACAGAAGUUCAAGGAGAUAGACUUAAGGAAACACAAAAUAUUAACAGAUCCUUGUCUGCACUUGGUGAUGUCAUAUCUGCCCUUGCAACUAAAAGUCCUCAUAUCCCAUUCAGGAAUUCCAAGCUCACUCACCUGCUUCAAGAUUCCCUAGGAGGAGAUUCAAAGACCCUCAUGUUUGUCCAGAUAAGUCCCAGUGAGAAUGACCUGGGUGAGACCGUAUGCUCUCUGAAUUUUGCAAGCAGAGUUAGAGGGAUAGAGUUGGGUCCUGCAAGACGGCAAUUGGACAAUACUGAACUUCAGAGAUACAAACAGAUGGCUGAAAAAUCAAAACAAGACAUGAAGAGCAAAGAUAUACAGAUCAAGAAGAUGGAGGAAACAAUCAAUGGCUUGGUCUUGAGGAUAAAAGAAAAAGACCUUAGAAAUAAGAAUCUGCAAGAGAAGUUGAAGGAGCUGGAGUCGCAACUUCUCAUUGAAAGAAAGCUAGCACGUCAGCAUGUUGACACAAAGAUAGCUGAGCAACAGCAACAACAACAAAUGAAACAACAGCAGGAUGAGCAGAGUAGUGCCCCACCAAGGCCACCACUUGCAAAUCGACUAUUAGGAAGUAACAAGAAUUUCAGUGAAGCCGCAAGUACUGCAACAACCAAAGAGCAAGUAAAUUCCUGGCAACCACUUGUGGAAAAUAACAGUUAUAGGCCUACACUUUGCAUUCUUCCAACAGAUGGCAUGGUCAAGUAUAUUGAUCCCACAGAAAAAGAAAACAACCCUGGCAUGGCUGAACAUCCACGAUUGCCGAAGAGGACCGGCAGAGCUUCAAUUUGCACAACAGCACAACGGAUACCAGUAGCUCCAGCACCAAGGCGCACAUCGAUGAUUCCACUCCCAAGUGUACCAGGUUUAGCACAUCUACCUUCACCAUUAGCACCAUUGUCGUUAUGCGAGAUUGACAUAAAGGAAGAAGACACAGGAGGGUCUGAAAUUAAUUGCUUGCCAGAGCAAACACAUUGCAACAGUCCCAAAGAAAUAAAACAUGGGACUAGAAAGCUAAGCACCAUACUAAGACAAAGCCUUCAAAAGAAAAUGCAGCUGAAUUCUCCAAUGCAGCAACACCUGAGAAAACGAGGUAUAAAUGUUGGGAUGGAGAAAGUCAGGGUCUCUAUUGGAAGUCGAGGGAGGAUGGCACACAGAGUUUUGCUAGGCAAUGGUAGAAGAACAGGAAUAAAGGAUACCCAGCAGAACAGGAGUCAUAGAGAAAAAGAGAGAGGAUGGAAUAUUGGAACAGCGGGAAGAACUGCAAUCUAAGUGUCAAAUAAAGGAUACCCAGCAGAACAGGAGUCAUAGAGAAAAAGAGAGAGGAUGGAAUAUUGGAACAGCGGGAAGAACUGCAAUCUAAAUUCCUUCUUUCCAUAGUAGAAGGAUGAGACAGGACAUGAGAGAAAAUUUGACAAAAAAAAUGUCGAUUCUUUGUGAUGGCAAUUAACUUUCUGUGUACAGUUUGUGCGUCUAUGCAACAACUUAAUAUGUUCAAGUAUCUAAUUGGCUAAUGUAGGAAAGCUGCCUGCUUGCCAACCUCUGCAGAAUCAGCCGCUUGCCAUUUACAUGGUUGUGUAGCAAAGGCAUCAUGCAAUGUUGUCCAGGUCAUAUGUAGAUAUAAAUAUUUAUAUAUUAAUAUGAGUUUUAUGUUAAAGGUA